AUGGAGAUUGCUUCAUUUGGAUUUCAAAGGGAUUGGGAUUUAGACAUUUUCCGUGGAGCUGUAGCCUUCAUGUUUCACUCCAGGGAUGUACCUGGAUUUCAGCAGUUUAUAGAGAGACGAAACCCUUCCAGUACAAGAGGAGACGGUUUUGUCAAAAACUUCUGGGAGCAGGCUUUUGGCUGUGUAUUUCCAGGUACACAUGUGGAUGAAAUGGAGGAAAAUCGUUGCACUGGAGACGAACAACUAGAGAGCCUCUCUUACCCCAAUUUUGAAAUGAGCAUGUCUGGCCACAGCUACAGUGUCUACAAUGCUGUCUUUGCUAUAGCCCAUGCUUUACAUGAUAUGUCCAGAUCCGGAUUCAAACAUGGGGCAAAGAUGGAGGGUGGACUGAAGCUUCAUAACCAGCCAUUUUGGCAGCUCCAUCAGUUUUUGAGACAUGUCACAUUUAAUAACAGUGUUGGGGACAAGAUAACCUUUGACCAAGAUGGAAAGUUAGUGGAUGGAUUUGAUAUAAUCAAUUUUAUUCUUUCUGAAAACCAGUCAAAAGUGAAAAUUGGAAGGGUAGACCCUCAGUCUCCUGCAUAUCCAAUGUUCAUCAUUGAAGAAGAUGCCAUAACAUGGCACAGCUGGUUUAACCAGACUGCUCCCGUUUCCAUAUGUACACCAAGCUGUAAUCCAGGUUCUAGGAAGCAAGUCAUGGAAGGGAGGCCAUUUUGCUGCUACUCUUGCAUCUCAUGUCCAGAAGGGAAGAUUGCAGAAAAGGAGGAUCUGAAUGACUGUUACAGCUGUACUGAUGAAAAUUACCCCAACAAAAACCAGGAUUCAUGUAUUCCCAAGGAUGUAAGUUUCUUGUCCUAUAAAGAACCUUUGGGGAUCAGUUUAGCCUGUUUUUCUCUUUUCUGUUCCACAAUCACAGCUCUGGUACUAAGGACCUUUCUGAUGCAUCACAGCACUCCCAUCGUCAAAGCCAGCAACCGGGAUCUCACCUACAUCCUCCUGGUCACCCUCCUGCUCUGCUUCCUUUGUGCAUUACUAUUCAUCGGUCAGCCAAAUAAGUUGACAUGUCUUCUCCGACAAACUGUUUUCAGCAUCAUCUUUUCUGUGGCUGUUUCCUGUGUGCUGGCCAAGACUGUGACUGUGGUCCUGGCUUUCAUGGCAACCAAGCCAGGAAGCAGGAUGAGGCAGUGGGUGGGGAAAAGACUGGGCUAUUCUUUUGUUUUAUCUGGCUUCUUAAUUCAGGUUGGGAUUUGCACUAUGUGGCUGUGCAUUUCUCCUCCUGUCCCAGAUGCUGACAUGCAUUCAGAGACUGGAAAAAUUAUACUAUUGUGUACAGAAGGGUCCUUGAUUAUGUUUUACUCUGCAAGGUGUUAUAUGGGCUUCUUAGCCAUGAUCAGUUUCAUGGUUGCUUUCCUUGCCAGGAAGUUACCUGACAGUUUCAAUGAAGCCAAGUUCAUCACUUUCAGCAUGUUGGUCUUCUGCAGUGUUUGGCUCUCCUUUGUUCCAACCUACCUGAGCUCCAAGGGGAAAUACAUGAUGGCUGUCGAGAUCUUCUCAAUGUUAGCCUCGAGUGCUGGGCUGCUGAUCUUCAUCUUUUUCCCCAAAUGCUACAUUAUUGUUUUGAAACCUGAGCUGAACAACAGGCAGCUAAGAAGAAAUGUUUUCUAA